GCUCAAAUUUCUGGUAUCGGUAUCGAAAUUUGGUAUCGAUACCACUACAAAUUGUCUGGUAUCGAAGCGGUAUCGUAUCGAUUUGAAAAAGCUGGUAUCGCCCAUCACUAGUAAAACGUCGUGUAGGACACAUCGGGAUUUUUUCGGACAUCUUAGGAUAUUUAGGGACUUUGUUACUCGGGGUUUUCACAGAAUUACAGUUGACAACAGUGAUCCCAUUUGAUCCCAUAAUUGGAACACUAAUUAGUGUGUUCCCUGGUGUGUUCCACUGAACCUUUAUUAGACGCACUAAAUGCUGAAAUCAUGGACAAUAAGAACAAAUUUCAAGGGUUAAAAAAUCUUCAUCAAAACUUGCACUCAAAUGGAGGAUUCUCAAACAUAACUUUUAUAAACAAUUCAUCCUGUAUGGAUGUGAAACAAAUUCCCAUAGGAAAUGAUUUAGCUGCUGUUGGCAGUUUGGAGGAACAAUUUGAUACAAAUUUAAUAAAAUGCACUUCUCAACGGGAAGCAAGUAAAGAUAAUAUUGUACCAGGGUCAAACUCCUUGCUGAAAGCUGUCAAAAAUGUUUAUGUUAAGAAUGAUGUGUAUCUGACAGAGCCGAAGAUUUUUGUUGGGAAUAUAAGUUACAAGCUGUCGACCCUUCAGUUGAAGGAAUUCUUCUCAAGUUUUGGAAGGGUUAUUUUUGCUCAAAUUGUUAAAGAUAAGGUGAAGAAGAGGUCAAAAGGGUAUGGCUUCGUGACAUUCAGUCGCACGAGUGAAGUUGAGAGAGUAUUACAAGCAUCAGAUGAUGAACUUAUAUUGGAUGGGCGAACACUCAGAGUUAACAGAGCUGAGAAAAAGAGAAGAUCAAGGGCAAUUCAAGAAAAUACAGAAGAAAAAAAUCCGGAAAAAUCAAUAGAGAAUUUUGUUCAAAAAUACAUGGAAAGCAGUGAAAUCUCAGAAUGUGAGAUGGAUGAUGGUGAUAAUGAAGAGACUGAUGUUAAGAUUUAUCGUCUUAAUGAUGAUAUAUUGCUCUAUAUUUUUAUGUUUUUAACUAUCAAAGAACGUGUCAAAAUUGAAAGAGUUUGUCAAAGAUGGCGUCAACUUGCAAGACAGACCUGGUUGGUUCUAACGCACUUAGACUUCAAAGACGUGUUUGUGCCUUUCCAGGGAACAGGAGGACUAACAGACCGUAUCUUGCUCUCGCUCUUCAAAAGAGGUUGCCAAAAUCUAAGAUCUCUCGACUUGUCUCAUUCCUCAAGACUCCUUUCCGACUAUGCCCUUUAUAUGAUUGGUCAAAACUGCCCGGAGUUACAAGAGGUCAAUUUAUCUGGUGUUAAUGCAACAAUGAAGUCGUUGAAAGAAAUGAGCGGCAAUUGUAGGAAGCUAAAGAAAAUAACAUUGCAAAGAUGUUACGAAGUUGGGGAAAAAGCGCUUUGGUGGCUGUUCAAACAAUGCUCGGAUCUCGAAUAUAUUGACGUCGAGGGAAAUAUCAGAAUUACUGGACAGUGCUUCUUCAUGCUGACGGAAAAAUGCAGAACAGUUAUCGCGGAUGAUUGCAUGAAGUUAACAGACGAUGGUUUGGGACAUCUUGCAAAAAGAUGUGGCUAUUUACAAGAACUCAGCAUUUCAAAUUGCAUGUGUUUGACAGAUAGCGGGAUUUCUGAUCUCUUUAUGCGUUGCACGAAACUGAAGCGACUUUCCUUUUGUAACUCUUCGAAGCAAAUCACGACCAACAGCUUACUAGCGCUACGACACUUGACUGAACUGGAGGAGCUCGAGUUAGCGAAGCAAGAUCCGGUGAAUGAUUCAGUGAUGUUUGUCAUUGGUUCAAACUGCGUUCAUCUCAGGGUGUUGGAUCUAGAAGCUUGUCAUCAGGUAACGGACAAAGGUAUUCAGUGUCUCGCCUCGUGUUUUCAGCUUGAGAAAUUGGUCAUAAGCUAUAUGGACGAGGUAACAGAUGCUAGCGUGAUAUCAAUAGCUCAGAAUGGAACGUUACGAGAAUUUCACGCGCGAUCUUGUGUGAACCUUUCUGACAGAGCUGUUAUGCAAGUUGCCUUGCACAAUCCCUGUCUUCAAGUACUGGACCUCAGUGGAUCGGACAGGAUAAGGAAUGGGUCGUUGACUAUUUUAGAGGAGAUUCUUGGGGACAAAGAGGGUUUCAUUUUGAGCGUCGGAGGCACUGCUGUAACAAUGGACCAGGUGUUAGCGACGAAGGAAAGUUGUCCCAGCUGGGAUAUUACAACACAAGACUUAUCAGAUUAUCAUUUACGAACAGAUUUUGAUCCAUACAUGGACAUGGGUCGUAUAAUGCCAGAGUACAGCGACUCAGAUGAGGAAGGUCCCUUCCAGUUCAACGGAAACGCUGGAUAUGAUGAUGAUGAUGCAGAUUAUUAUCUAUCAGCAGAUGAUCCUUCUGCCUGGGAGUACCAGGAACAAUGGAUGUCGUGAACGGUGUCGCAACAAAACACCAGGAAAUGGUCUUUGCUUUCGUCUUGAGAUAUUAUUGUGUGACUAGCAUAUAAGAUCUUAAGGUCUUACCCCAGCUCCAGUGAGGAAGAUCGUUACUAUUUUGCGUAGCAUGUUAUGAUGUUAAGACAAACGCGA